CAAGCAUCAUUUCUCUCAGGCUACAUAACAAGGAGGAGGACGCUGGUGAACCACAACACACCUGUGUCACAAACAUCUUCGGUCAAUAUCAGUAUUGAUGGUCAUUAUUGGAAGUUAUUACCGUUAACAGUGACCAAUAUACUCGGACAGUUGUCGGCGUGUUGAAGCGAACGUCACACUGUGCAGGUGUAUCUCUAUGUCCUGAACCCUGUGCUUUUACAUGCAUAUGACGAAAGUGUCGCCUCAGGGAUAGGCGAAAGUUUGAAAACAUUUCCUCAACACUUGCUAUAAAUCAUUACCCCAUUUUCCCAAUGAUGUCGAAGCGAGACAACGAGGUGGUUCACGAAGAUGUGGACAGCGAUGUCGACGAGGACGCUCUGGUUGAUGUGGACGACUCCGGCUCAGACGGCAGUAUUCCCAGCCCCACUCACGGGACGCCCGAGAGACUGACCCCCGUCACAGGCAGCCCGGGGGUGCCACACGAAAACAUGCGAGACACACCUACCCCCGAGGGAUCCCUGAGUCCCGGACAAGCGUCCGAUGCAGAUAUGAAAGAUCGGAACGCUGACUACAACCAAGUGCGACGUUACCGCACGGCCUUCACAAAGGAGCAGAUAACUCGCCUAGAGAAGGAGUUCGCCAAGGAGAACUAUAUCAGCCGUCCGAAGCGUUGUGAGCUGGCAGCGUCCAUGAAUCUGCCCGAGAGUACCAUCAAGGUGUGGUUCCAGAACAGACGAAUGAAAGACAAGCGUCAGCGCAUGGCACUCGCAUGGCCAUAUGGCAUCCCCCCCGAUCCCCAGCUGUAUGCGUACCUGGCCGCAGCUGCAGCCACAUAUCCAUAUGGACUUCCGGGUCCUGCGCACAUGGGACAUCCGGCGCUCUCACUCCCAGGUCACUCAGGGUUUUCUCCCUUCCAUAUGCCAGGGGCAAUCCAGCACCGACCGGAACUCAUGUCGUCAGUUAGCACAGCCUUUCACAAACCCCAAACUGUAGUAGACGGACUGCCUGUUAGCACAGCGUCGUCUCUCGGAUACUCUUUAAACUUUGGUCACAUGACAGGCGCAGGGCUUCCGGAACACCCGCUACUGUCAUCCGGGCUUUCACUGUCGUUGUCAGGGAAACCCUGCCCGUGUCACGGAAGUAUAGGACUUCACCCGAUAUCUGCGCAUGUUUCCGGUUUAGUCCCAGGUCCUUCAACGUCACCCCCAUCAGUGAGGAAGAGUGAAAUUAAUCUAUCAUAGUAUUCGUAGACAAAUGACAUCAGUGUGCUUUAAGUUGUAUAAAUCUGACAAUCCAGUACGGAAGCUGCAGUGCUAUGUGCAGCUGAAAUGUCAUGUUGUGUGUAAGCGAAUGACAGACGCAGAAUGGACGUUGAUAUAGGUUGCAAUUGUGGGGGAUGCGCAUGGCGCCAUAAGAAGACUGGGCGCCUUCUUUAUGUCGUAUAUAUAGAUGAUAUUCAUGGCAGAUUCUGCGAUUUGGCGCCUGCUGUUAGCUGAAAAAGUAGAGGUGCACACAUACAGUCAUCCUCCACUUUAUUCCCAGCUGUUGUGAAUGUAUUCUCCUGGACGUGAUGAACUUUGCCACGAUCAGGGGAGUGACCAGGUCUAAGUGUUGCGUCACCUCAUGAUUUUCAUGUCUACGGGUGCAGUACUGCAGUGGUGAUACCAGAUUGCCUCAUCAUCUGUGAUACGUCAUCCACUGACAUUCAGACCCGACUAUUCGUAGUUUUCUACUAUUCUACUAUGAUCCCAUGUUAUCCGCGCAUGCGCCCCACGUUAUAAACGUGCUUCAUUUCAAUUGAGUAUAUUGUCAAAACCGAAAGGUUGUACAGAAAAUAAAAGAAUGCCUAAAUC